UGAGUUGGAAUUCCUUACCGAACUGCGCCAUCCCCUGGUACGUUUCAUCAAUCACGCCUGGACGUCAUCACGGCGCGACAGGGAAGUGCAGCUACUACGCGCCGCGCGCCCUUCACCUUACAGUCAGUACAGUACCUGGACACCCUUACAAAAGUCUUGCGUUUGUAGUUUAGUAACAGCAUUGCUCUGAUUUCUGGUUUUUAAUGAAGUGACAGAAACUAACACCAGCAGUGGUUGGGACAUUUUUGGAGGUUAUAGCGUUUAAUUCGGAUCAGGCAGCGAUGGCGGCUCCAAACUCUGCAGAAAGGAAGGCCUGCUGGGAUGCCAGGGACCAGCUAUGGAAAUGUCUGGAUGACAAUGGUGACAAAGCUGCCUCCUGCCAGAAGUUCCAGAGCGAGUUUGAGGCAAAUUGCCCCGCUCAGUGGGUGAAAUAUUUCACCAAGAGGAGAGACUUCCUGAAAUACAAAGAGAAGAUGCAGACAGAAGGAUUCAUGCCUGCUGAAGGCCCCCAGCAACCUUCCUAACCACUGGACGGCACACUGACUUUCAGCCUUAUUCAGACCACGGCCAGAGGGGCAGGACUUUAUUAUGGACCUGAACAUCACCUUUUAUCAUUAUUUAUUUGUACAGAGAUAAAAGCUACACACAUUAGCAGCUCCAAGCGGCAACAUGAGCGACCUGUUUGGGCUUAUUUGAGCUUCCCUCCUCAGAAAUCUGUGACGUCAGCUCAUUUUAACCAACCCUGCUGAAAGAGAGAGAGAGAGAGAGAGAGAGAGAGAGAGAGAGGAAAAAGAUCCACGGAUAGUGAUUCCAGUUUUCUCCGUUGGAUUUCACCUAGUCUGACUUAACCGGAUGUAGACCGUUGGGAUAAAGCCUGCCAUUGGCUGCCUAUCUCAGCUGUUUUUCUCCUCCUCUUCCACUAUCUGUUUUGUAAGGGCACCGUCGCUGCAUUCGGGGCUUAGCAAUGCCAAAGAUGAUUGUAAUUGGUUUAAAGAAAUCCAAACCAUCCAGAGCGUUUUGUCCCCUAUCGCAGAAUGUUAACUCGUGCAGCGAGAUGUUUCUCCAGCGCUGUGGUGACAGGUCUGGGCAAUGCGAGACUAGAUUUUGACCUGGAAAUGACAUGUAAAUGUCCCUGUGGAGCUUUACUAAUGUCACUUGGAAUAGUUGUGAUCAGUGCAACGCUUACACAGACGCAGUACAUGCACACACUGGGUCUUAUGUCUCAUUCUAACACUGUUCAUGAGGGAUUUUCAGUGAAAGCAUCACCUCCUUUCCAUCCGUUAGCAGCCGCGACAUUCUGUGUGCAGAACACGGGGUAAAGUUCUACAUCUGCGUGAAGUUUGGGUUGAAGUCACAAGUCUUGAUCAAUUCAAUUAUGCCAGUGUGAUUUACAAAUAAAUGCCGAUCUUUAGCGAUUGCUGCUACUUAGCGUUUUAAUUCUGGGACAGUGCCUCAUUAGGUUAAAUCUUAAGUGUGUCUGACUUGUGGUGUUUUAUGUAAAUAAAAAAGAAUACAUACAUACAA